AUGGGUAUAUUAGAAAAGAUUAAAGACAUUGAGUCUGAGAUGUCUCGUACUCAAAAGAAUAAGGCUACUGAACAUCAUUUGGGUAUGCUCAAGGCCAAGCUUGCAAAGCUUCGUGCUACACUACUUGAGCCACCCAAAUCAUCGGGUAAGACUGGUGAAGGUUUCGAAGUACUUAAAUCUGGUGAUGCUAGAGUUGCUUUAAUUGGUUUCCCAUCAGUCGGUAAAAGUACUAUUUUAACAAAAUUGACAGAUACGCAAUCAGCACAAGCAGACUAUGAAUUCACAACACUUACAUGUAUUCCUGGUGUCAUUCAAUACCACGGAGCAAGAAUUCAAUUGUUGGAUACACCGGGUAUUAUAGAAGGUGCCUCACAAGGUCGUGGUAGAGGUAAACAAGUUAUAUCGGUUGCUAGAACCGCCGAUCUUAUAUUGAUGAUGUUGGAUUCCUCCAAGGGAGAGAUUCAAAAGCGUCUACUAGAAGAGGAACUCGAAGCUAUUGGCAUUCGUCUCAACUCUCAACCACCCAACAUUUACUAUAAACUAAAGUCGGCCGGAGGUGUCAACUUUACAGCCACUCAACAAUUGACAAAGGUUACAGAGAAACUCGUCAAAUCUAUUCUCCACGAAUACAAAAUAUUCAAUUGUGAUCUUGUCAUUAGAUGUGAUCCAACCGUCGAUGAAGUUAUUGAUGCUAUCGAAGGUAGAAGAUCAUAUAUUAAAUGUUUAUAUGUUUAUAACAAGAUUGAUCAAUUAUCAAUUGAAGAGACAGAUAGAAUAUCAAGAUUACCAAACUCUGUUGUUAUUAGUUGUAAUCUUGGUUUGAAUCUUGAUUUCCUUUUGGACAAGAUUUGGGAAUAUUUAAGUUUGGUUAGAGUAUACACUAAAAAGAGAGGUGAAGCUCCUGAUUUCAAUGAUGCUGUCAUUUUGAGAGCUGGUGCUUCGGUCGAACACGUAUGUCAAUAUUUACACAAAGAACUUGCCAAUCAAUUCAAAUAUGGUAUCGUUUGGGGUGUCUCUGCUAAACAUUGUCCUCAAAGAGUUGGUCUUGCUCAUUUAUUAGAUGAUGAAGAUGUUAUACAAAUUGUUAAAAAAUAA